AUGAGCGCUGACUGGACGCUGCCGCUCCGCAAGGUGCCUAUUCACGCCACCAAGGACCCCUCUGUCGCGUGGAACACGGUGCACCUAUGCUAUGAGCAGACGUUUUUCGGUCAAAUCACGAGUUUGCGCUACAACCACGCUGGUUCGUUGCUUGGAGGCACGUCCACAAACCAAUUUGCACUCCUGCGUGUCCCCCAGUCAGAUGGCGUAGUGGUGAACGAGCAGACGGAGCGCAGGAACUACUCCGUCCGCUUUCGCGAGGAUGACAAGCUUUACAUUCAAGCUGUAGACCAACGGGUAGUUUUGCGCUCCUCGGAAACCGCGUUCGAGCGGCAGUAUCUAGGACAUUCGCGGGAUGUGCGCUCCGCCAUCUUUAUUGGUCGACACAACUUCGCGUCUGCAAGCGACGACACGACGGUGAAGCUGUGGGAUUUGAUGAGUGACGAUGAUCUCGGUACGGCUCGGAUUCACACCGACUACGUGCGCUGUCUUGAGCCGUACACUGGUGGCGCGUUCUUUAGCGGCUCCUACGAUCACCGAGUGAACUUGUGGGAUCCUCGCACCGGCAUGGUCGCGCCGCUGCAGACCUCCAGGGACAUUAUCACCCAAGCUGUGGAGGCGCUCUGCUUCGUACCGAGUGAGGAGAUUGUGGCUGUCGGUGCCGGCGAUCGUGUCGUCGUCUUUGACCCGCGCAAGGGCCUUAGUACACCCUUGUUUCAGGGCUCGUUUCACACCAAGUCAGUUGUCGCGGUUGCCUACUCGCAAAAGCUGCGCAGUCUCCUCACUGGAUCUCUGGACUGCCGCGUGAAAAUGUUCUCGCUUGACGGCAGUGAGCUGCGCUGCAUUUCGAACAAGCGCUUUGAAAACGGUGUGACUUCGCUGGCGGUUCACCCUGGCUCGACGGAGUACGCCGUGGGCAGCACAACAGGCGAGCUGAACGUGUAUCGCUUCAGAGAGGCAAAGAGGGAGGAAGACGUCGUUCCCGAGGAGCUCGUUCUGGACAAGGAGAAGACGCGGUCGAAGGAGCAGGUGCUGCAGGACAAGAUGAAAGAGGUGCAGUUCCAGCUGGGAAGCUACCAGUACGGCAAAGCGCUCAAGACUGCUUUGUACUCCCGACACCCCGAUGUCCUCGUUUCCACGUUUGAGGAGCUUGUGCGUCGAGGCGCGCUGCACGUCGCGCUGAACAACCAAAACGACCGCACCAUUGUGCGCGUUCUUCGGUUUGCCACUCACUACGUCGAGAAGCCGCAGUUCACGGACACAAUGCUCGUCGUGUUUGAGACGAUUUUCGAUAUCUAUAGCACCUAUGUGGGCAAGAGUGCCUUUUUUCACCGGGAGAUUCUGAAUGCGCAAAAGAAGAUCGGCGCGUUUCUUGCGGUGAUGCAGCGCAUGGAAAAGAGUAUGGGCAUCAUGGAGAUGAUCGUGCAUUCGGAAUAG